AUGCUUGGUUUGAUGACUUUGUGGGAUCCUCAUAGGCAAGACUUCGUCCCGUCUGACAGAAUCGAAUGUUCUGUGAACUUGUGUCGGGCCGGCUGGAUCACUCCUUUCGUCAUGCGGCUCGCCUCAGGCAAGGAAUACAGAAAUGAACGGAUCAUACUGACGAGCUUAGACAUGCAAACCAGCAUUAUUGUCUUGGUUCAGCCCGUCGUGCCAUCCUGGCCCUCAUACUUGCGAACUCUCCGCCCUGUUCCUACUCUUUGGGGCCUGAUUGUGAUCGCCUCAUCCGUCAUUCAUCCAUCCUUCAGCCACUCAUUCUGUCCAUUCAUCAUUCUCGACUCACUCCCCCCUACC